UUUAAACUGGCGAAGGGGAGGAGGCGGAGCUGCUGAUUGUGACAUCUGACACAUAACUGAAAUAAACAGCGACACUGAACAAUGUAGCUGUAAUAAACCACUAAAUACGAGUUUGUCUUAAGAGUUUUGGAUACUGACUUGAAAACACUAAGUUUAAUUUAGUCGUUUUAUUGUUUUAGAUACACUUUAAACUGGUUUAAACAUGUCUCUUCCACCGGAGAAAGCGUCAGAACUGAAGCAGAUCAUCCAGGAUCAUUUAAUGAAGAUGGAUAUCCAUGGGAAAAUUCGAGGUGUCCUUGCGGAGACGCUGCAAGCUGAAGGGGACCGUGGAGAACGACCACUCUCUGAGGAAGACUUUCUCACUGCUCUCCAGCGCAGAGGCAUUGUAGAGGAGGCCAUGAAGGAGCUGAGUUUUGUUAAUGUGACAGAAUCACAAAUAGAAGCAGAUGCUCUCAACACAUCUCAACCUCGCCUCUCUGAGAAGAACAUAACACAACCUAAAACAAUGAAUAUCAGUCCAUUGAGAAGAUACCUGUACCUGCAGGUCCUGGGGGGCAAAGCCUUUCUUGAGCAUCUACAGGAGCCAGAGCCUCUACCUGGUCAGGUGUGCUCUACCUUAACGCUCCACCUACACUUCCGCAAUCAGCGCUUUCGCUCCAAGCCAGUGCCGUGUGCCUGUGAGCCAGACUUGCAGGAGGGCUUCCUUCUUGAAGUGCACAGAGAUAGCCCAGGGGAUGCCGGUAAAAUGGCUGAUGCCACCACCAUGUUGUCCAUCUGUGACCCAGUGCACAUGGUGAUGAUCAAAACGGACACUUCUGGAGAUACAACACUUGUCUCUUCCUAUUUCCUGGACUGGCGGUCUGUCCUCAGUGCACCCAGUGGAAAGACAACAGUGUCUGUGGAGCUGCUUGGUGUAGGUAGUGAGUGUAAGGUUCCAGCUGGGGUUCUUAACAUCAAAUUGGAGAUGUAUCCUCCCCUUAGUGAGACUCUGAGCCCUGAAGUAAUCAGCACACAGCAAUCACUGGAGCGUCAGAAAACUGCAGAGAAGGAGCGUUUAUUUCUGGUCUAUGCCAAGCAGUGGUGGAGAGAGUUCUUAGAGAUAAGACCCUCCCAUCAGUCCAAACUAGUCAAGAUCUUUGCCCAGGAUGAAAAUGGUGUAAACCGGCCGGUGUGUUCAUACGUGCGUGUGUUGCGUGCUGGUCGGUUGUUGGAAAGCCCGCGCCAGGCUGCUCGCUUUGUCAGUCUUCUGGUCCAGGAAAGAGCGCCUGUGGUGGGAGGAGGAGCACGGCAGGAGCAGUGGUGUACCAUGAUGGCCUUCCUCUGUCGAAACAAGGGUGAUUGUGAAGACCAUGCCACACUGCUGUGUAGUCUGCUACUAGGCUUUGGUCUGGAUGCUUAUGUUUGUGUAGGCACCAAAUCCAAAAACACCCCUCACACAUGGGUGAUGACCUGUGGGACAGAUGGAACCGUCACCUUCUGGGAGAGCCUGACUGCACACAGGUACCUACAUCAGCCGAUAGACCCUGAAGCCCCUCCAAUGGUUCCUCAGCCCAAACCCACAUACCCUUACCGCACCAUCGGCUGUGUUUUUAACCACAAGACGUUUCUGGCGAACUGCCAGCCGUCAGACUCUGUGGAGCUGUGUGUGUUUGAAUUUACGGAUGGUUCACGCUGGAAGGCUAUGAGUGAGGACGCAGUACGAUCAGUUUGUGCUCCUGGAUCCACCUCCUCCCUCCCCCCACUGCCCCCUCUCUGCUCCUCCUCUGUUCAGACCAGUGAGGCCAGUAAUCAGCUGGAGCUGGAGAUGCGCUUCUUACUGGCUGAGCACAGAAAGGAUCUUGGUCUGGCUACAGUGUGGGAUGAUCACCUGUCUUACCUGCUGUCCUCUGCUCUGGCUGCGUAUGAGCUGGAGCGCUGUACGGGGGUGUCGUGUGGAAACGAGGAGUUUCAGGAUGCUGUGAGGAGAGCCGUACCCGACGGGCACACCUUUAAAGGCUUUCCUAUUCACUUCCUACACCGCAAUGCACGCAGAGCCUUCGCCACCUGUCUCAGGUCACCUUUCUGUGAGGAGAUUGUGUGCUGUCGAGGAGACCACGUCCGGCUGGCAGUGAGGGUCCGCGUGUUUGCGUAUCCUGAGUCGGCUUGUGCUGUCUGGAUCAUGUUCGCCUGCAAGUACAGAUCAGUACUGUGAGCUUUCACGCUUUCACACGAACUCCAGGAUGUCUUCAGGGUUAAUGCACUGUCAGCAGCGUCAGCAUUAUUUAUUUCCACUUAGUUUUUAAAGGUGAGCUGUGCAAAUGUCUGUAUGCAGAUUUUAUUACAGUAUAGGACUGCUUUCCUCCAGAGGGUCCCUGACCUUGUCUUUUUUUUUUUUUUUUUUUUACAAAAGUGCACUAUAUGUAUAUAUUUUGUAAAUAAAUAAAUAAAAAAAUACCUAAACAUG